ACCGCGUGGCAAGGGCCCGGGGAGAUACGCAGCGUCCGGGGCGCUGUGGCAGCUGCGCGUCCUAGGCAGAAACUGGAGCGAAUUGUGGCCCCUCGAGUUCAAAGUGGGCUGCUCCAUCCCCGGGCUCAGCUGCGUGAGACAGGCCUGGCUGCCGGUCGCUGAGGUAAUGGCAUCUUUUACCUGCAUCACUUGCCGUGUGGCUUUUAAAGAUGCUGACUUUCAGCGUGCCCACUACAAAACCGACUGGCAUAGAUACAAUCUAAAGAGGAAAGUUGCUGACAUGCCACCUGUCACUGUUGAGAAUUUCCAAGAGAGAGUUCUAGCACAGCGAGCAGUGGCAGAGGAACAGAACAAAGACACUGCAACCUACUGUACAGCUUGCAGCAAGAGGUUCUCUACUUUUAAUGCCUAUGAGAACCAUUUGAAGUCCAAGAAGCACCUAGAUCUUGAAAAAAAAGCUGUCCAGGCUGUCAGCAAGGAAGUAGAAACCUUAAAUGAGAAGAAUCUGGAAAAGGGACUGGGCCAGGAGAGUUUAAACAAAGAUGCAAUGAAUACAGCUAUUCAGCAAGCCAUCAGGGCCCAGCCAUCCUUAUCUCCAAAGAAGAUACCAUUGCUCCCAACUGAUACAGUCAGCUCUGCAACUUCUGCUGGAGGUGAUUUGUCACAGAGCAGAGAGAGAUUGGAAAAACCUCCAAGGCUACAGUGGUUUGAACAGCAAGCAAGGAAGCUGGUGAAACAGGGUGCAGAGGAUGGCGAGAAAGAUGAGGAUAUGGAAGGCUGGGAGGACAUGGAUUCUGAUGAAGUUGAGUCUGAAGAUGAGCAGAUGGAAAGUGCAGUGGAUGAAGAUGAGAAACAGACUUCUGCUGGUGCAGUGCCAUUCACAGACUGCUUGUUUUGUCCUCACCAUUCAAGCUCUCUCAUGAAAAAUGUGGCCCAUAUGACAAAAGCCCACAGUUUCUUUAUUCCGGAUAUAGAAUACCUUGUGGAUCUCAGGGGACUGAUUAAGUACUUGGGAGAAAAAGUUGGUGUUGGGAAAAUCUGCUUGUGGUGCAAUGAAAAGGGGAAAUCCUUCUAUUCAACAGAAGCAGUGAAGGCUCAUAUGAAUGAUAAAAGCCACUGCAAGCUCUUCACAGAUGGGGAUGCUGCCUUGGAAUUUGCAGACUUCUAUGAUUUUAGGAGCAGUUACCCUGAUCACAGGGAAGGGGAGGAUGUGACGAUGAUGACUGAAGAGUUCCCAGCAGGGAAGAAUUUAGAAUAUGAUGAUGAAAGUAUGGAAUUGAUUCUCCCUUCAGGUGCCAGAGUUGGUCACCGCUCUUUGAUGCGAUACUACAAGCAGCGGUUUGGUUUGUCAAGAGCAGUGGCUAUUACUAAAAAUAAGAAGGCAGUAGGCAGGGUGUUGCAACAGUACAAAGCUCUAGGCUGGACAAGCAGUACAGGAACAGCACUAGCAUGCGAACGUGACAUGCAGUAUCUUCAGAGGAUGAAGUCUAAGUGGAUGCUGAAGACAGGCAUGAGUAACAAUGCGACAAAGCAGAUGCAUUUCCGGAUGCAAGUCAGAUUCUGAGCUGCCUCAUCCGCUGUACAGAGCUUGCUCCUGUAGAGGAGAAAUAAUAGCUAGUGCCUUUGGGGGUGGGAGGUAUCUGUCAUUAAAAUAGAACUUGCUAUCUGCCUAUCAGCUCCUUGGAUGCUACUAUUCCUUCUCCUCCUGAUAAGUCUUGUGAAGAGCUCUUGUAUUCUAAUAACUGUUGGCACACCAAAUUUGUGUCCAAAUAAAGUAUGUGGUGUGGGUUAGUCACUGAUGUAGAUCGUGUGCAUUGUACUAGUAUCCGUCUUUAUGCAGUAGGUGUUGAUUAAACAGCUCAAUUUUUGGUUCUUUAGCUCAAUUACAGAAAACCGAGGCAGGGAAAGGGGGAUGAGAGUGGAAGGGAGACUAGGAGAAGAUUCUGAUUAUAAGCCUCAGAGCUCUGAAGUAAGAUUGAGGCAUGGGCCUCUGCCCUUCUGGAGUAAUGUAGAAAAAUUGUAUAAAAUAAAAGUAGGAGAGAGCACUUUCCAGAUGUUACACACUUUUUCUGUAUAUCAAACAAUUAUGUAAGAGGCACUGGGACAGGAGUGGAUCUUUCAUUGAGUAAAUUAAAGAGAGCGUCUCAGAAUAAA